AUUAGUGUAAAUUGUUAGGAUGCAAUAUUCUGUUUGAAUCGUUCAAAAGCUGAUUCAAUUAUUACAGGAUUACCCUACAAAAAUGAACAACAGUGGUGGAUUUGUGAAAGCUUACAGCAACAAUUGGCUGUCGCAGUUCGGAAUAUACAAAUAUGAAACCCCCGUGGAGGUGCCCAAGAAGCCGCCCAGCCACCAACACCGCCGGAUUGCCUUGUACGGCAUCCUGGGUAUGGCCUUCGUUCUGUUCUUCAUCCUGUUCGUGAUCAUUAACAAAUCGGAAGCGGAUCGUCGCAACGGGCUGAUUGUUGCCAGUUUCUCCAAUGAAACCAGUAUCGGACAUACCGUGCUGACGACCCCGUUUUCUUCUAAUGGAACUCUGGUGGUAGGUGGAGCAAACGGGACCGAGAUGGAUGUGGAAUUCAAUAAUGCGAUCGCUGAGGCGAGGAAGCAAAGGAGAACGCGGAGGUUGGGUUUGGACAAUCCUGCGGCUGAGUUCAACGAUAACUUGGUGCUGUAUCCGAGCGAGUACAUGAAGCCUCCCAGGUUGGGAAGUAUGCGAAGAUUCUCCGAGGAUUAUUCACUAGCGGAUAGCUAUAUGCUGGUCAAAAAUGAUAGACCGAGACCGUUUGGAUUUGAAACAAGUCCAGUGAAUCCCAUUGGUUUCGGCAAGCAGAACUUGUCACAGCUGACAGAGGAGGCUCCAAAACCCCCGACAAAUUAUGGAAUGGUGCACAACAUUCAAGAUGUUCUGAAUCAAUUGUCCUCCACAAGAGUACAACAUUACAAGUUUACCCCCAACCACUUACAGCAACCUUCAGAGUUUAACAAUCCCCAUUACAGGAACCAUCGAGUCAAAUUCUCCGGUAUUUACAGACACCCACGUAAGAAUGGAGACAUAACGACUUUGUUUGGUGCUUCUUCCAAGCAACAUGAACUUCGUGUCUCGAAACCACUGGAUAUAAACAGCCAACUCUCGGUUCCUAGCGGUUACAUGCCGGACUCUUUGUAUAACUUUAGACCCGCCAAUCCGAGUGAUAUUAAUCUAUUGGCAGUCGACCAGUUUAGGUUUGCUCCGGAGAAAAACUUCAAUGAGGACGAUCCACUUCCCAAAGGAAUGCCAUUUUCAAUAAUGUUGGACGUUCUUCCGAUGGCAGAUGGUAGUCUACAUUUCAAACGCCCUUAUAAAAGGAGACCCGCCAAGAAUUACGCCAAUACCAAUUUCCCCUACAAUUUCAACAAUCAGAACUUUGCUCAAGUGCAAAAUGCAGUCUUCAAUCAACAGUCACCCGAAGAAGAUUCCUACUUCCGAAGUUCAUCGUCGUACUAUCGUCCUCAGCAGCAGAGAUACAUCCCCACAAUGAAACCCGGCAAGCUUAUGGUACACCUCAACCUGUAUCCGAAGAAACCCGCCGAAGCUAGUAGAAAGUUCGAACUCGAAAAAUCUGCGCUAGACAUAAACCAUCUGCAGCUGAACGUUGGGGAAACCCUACCGGACCCGGAAAGUCACUUGGUCGACCCAUCCACGACAACGCCCGUUCCGGAUUUCCUGGAAAUGCUGUACGGUGUCAAAUCGUUACCACCGAUCGUCACCACUACCACAUCGAGUCCUUCCACAACCAAAAAGAGCACAAUUCUCAGCCCGGUUCCGGUUUCCGAUGGUCAGAAUCCAAGCGAAGUUUUUACAAACGGACACGCGGCAAUGGGACGCUAUCCACCGUAUCGGAUGGUGAAGAAACGGCACGAGGAGCUCGAUCCUAGAACUUUGGAGCAGGUGCAAACCCAAUCGACUAAACUGAACUUGGUGAGCUUCGACGCGAAGGAUGCCGUUUGAUGAAGCAUUUUUUGAAUCGCCUUAUGCAUUCCUGAUCUAUGAGUAGCAGACUAGCGUAGUAUUUAUUUAGAUGUAGCCUUACUGGUACAAGUUCCAUCUCGUUUAUUUAUUCGUGAAAUAAAGUAAUAACUCGUAAUAUGGAGUUUCUUAUAGUGGCUUGGCUGGUGA